CAACUGAAAGCCUGGGACCUUCUCCACCAUAUGCCUUUUGGCUGCUGCAUGUUUUCUCACCGAACCCUAAAUCUGAGUGUAUUGAACUUAGCUUCUGCAACAAGAUAAUAUGGAUCGUGUGAGCAAUCUACCAGACGAGCUUCUUUGUCAUAUCUUGUCUUUCUUUUCAACAAAGGAGGCUGCUUUGACAACGGUUCUUUCAAAGAGGUGGAGAAAUCUGUUUGUGUCUGGUUCUAACCUUGACAUAGAUGACUCUGAGUUUCUGCAUCCAGAAGAGGGUAAACGGGAAAGGGGCCGCAUCUUAGAUAGCUUCAUGGAGUUUGUGGAUAGGGUAUUAGCUUUGCAGUUAAUUUCUACUAUUAACAAAGUCUCCCUCAAGUGUAGAACCGGUGUUGAUGCAAACCGUGUGGAUCAUUGGAUAUAUAAUGCGUUGGCACGUGGCGUUACCGACCUUGACCUAUGCAUAGUCUUUGGAAGUAGUAGAUAUUGGCUGUAUCCAAGAGGUUUCGAGAGCAGGAAACUAGUGAAGCUGAAGAUAGGAAGUGGGAUUGAUCUUGGUUGGUGUACCGGGAGCAUUUACUUACCAAUGCUGAAGAUUCUCGUUCUUGAAUCAGUUGAGUUUUGUGCUGGUUAUAAGUUAAAGAUGCUUCUUCCUGCCUGCCCUGCGCUUGAGGAGCUAGAAAUGUAUGAUGUCAAGGGACUAGAUUCGAAUGAGACCGUGUCAAGUGCAAGCCUCAAGAACCUGAUAAUUAAAUCAAGUCUUGUCUCUUCAGGCAGUUUCUCAUUUGACACACCAAGACUUGUUUACUUAGGUUACUCGGAUUUUAUCCCGGAAGACUAUCCAUUAGCUAACUUGCAGAAUCUAUCCGAGGCUCGGAUCAACAUUAGUUUAACUGAUGAUCAAGUGGAACGAGCAAGAUUCCCUAAUGAGUAUGAUGACGAGUACGAUGACGCUGUUCGACUUGUUAAUAUGGCAAAGCUCAUGAGUGGCAUACGAAAUGUUCAGACACUUUGCUUCAACUCCACUACUCUCGAGGUGCUUUCUCUAUGCUGUGAGUCAAUGCCGGUGUUCAACAACCUCAAAGUGUUAGUUUUUUAUAGUGGCCAGAGUCGAUGGCAAGCAGUGCCAGUUCUCCUGAAGAAUUGUCCACAUCUAGAAACUCUAUGCAUUACGGGUCUUCUACAUGUUGUGACAGAAACAUGCGGAGAUGUUUGUGACUGCAUUCCCCGGGAGGAUAAAGGCCGUUCAAUCACAUCUUGUCAGGUGAAGAGAAUAGAGAUUGAAGGGUUUAUAGGAACAAUGAGAGAGACAACAAUGAUCAGUCAUUUCUUGGAGUAUUUUCCGUGUUUGGAGGAGCUACUAAUCACUGUUGAAGGGAACUGUCCUAGACAGUUCGAUGUCCCUGAAGCUACUGAUUUUAGAGCGCAGAUGUUGGAACUCUACUACAAGUCAUUGAGCUGCAAUGUGAAGCUCCAUGGGUGCGAGUCUUUGCUUAGAAAAUUGACUGCGCAAUGAAGUUGUUUACGAGGAACAAAUGUGGAGAUCUUU